CACGAACUUUGGGUUACCCAUCCAAGAUUGUUGUUUUCCUAUAUGAAUAGUGCAUCUUCUCCUAACAACUGGAAGCAGAAAAUUCUCUAUGGAAAUAAAAACUACAAGUUAACACUGUCCGAAAGAAAAAAGCGAGACGAAGAAGCAAAAACACGCAAUUCAACCAUCCAACAGCAAAUACAACGGUACAAGGAAAAGUUACAUUCCAAAAUAAGAGGAGAAAUGAUCGAUUUCUUACAAGAAAUUCAUACGUUGGUAUUUAGUGGUGGUGGGGUAUUGGGUACUGGUUUCUUAGGUGCCUUAAGCGCUUGUAUCGAUUAUGGUCUAGUGCUCAAAAAAAUAAGAAAGUAUGCUGGUGUUUCCGCAGGUUCGAUUUGUGCAGCCUUGUUGGCAGUUGGCUACAGCGCUUCCGAACUAUAUGAAGUUUUAGAAAGAUGCGAUUUUUCACAACUGGUAAAAGUACAAUGGACAAGAGUAUCCAAGAUUGCUUGUUCUUGUUUGGCACACUCUGAGGUUGGAAUCAAUAGUGGUGAUAGAUUAUAUCGUUGGAUUGGUCAAUUGAUUGCUAAGAAGACAGGCGUUGCCAACUUGACCUUUCAUCAAUUGAAAUCAAGAUAUCACAAGGAUUUGAUUAUUGUGGCUACUGCAGUGGACUCUUUUGAAAAAAUAUUACUUUGUGCUAAAAAUUAUCCCGAAAUGGAGAUAGCUUUGGCUGUACGUGCAUCCAGUAGCAUACCCGGAAUCUAUGAACCCGUGGAAUAUGCCAAUCAUUUAUUGGUAGAUGGUGGUUUAUUGGAUAAUUAUCCAUUAGAUGUUGUCACUCCUAGUCAUCAAGUUUUAGGUUUUCGUAUCACCGACAAAUCCAAUAUGGAACGGGAAUUAAGAGCAGAGUUUGUGGAAGGACUUGCCAUAGUAGAUGCAGAAACAUUUGAUAGAACAAGGCAUCGUAUUUUGGAAGAAGCCGGAAUAUUGGAGGAUAUGGAAGGCAUCGAUAAAUAUGGCUCAGAUGAUGGUCGUUAUUCCUUUUUGAAUCGAGUCGUUUCCUGCAUGAUGUGGGAAUUGGAACGGUUACAGAUUUAUCGAAAUAUUAAAGGAAGAACGAUAUAUGUAAAUAGUGGUAAAUAUUCAUUUUUGCAAUUGAAGUUGACGAAAGAGGAGAAAAUGGAACUAUUUUUGUUGGGUUAUCGCAGUUGUUUGUGUAGUUUACAGUUGAUCAUGGAAAUGGAACCCGACUUGAGUCGUCUUGGUGCUUGUUCCUUUCGAGUGGAUCGUUUUCUUCAACAAACGAAUGGUUUGGAGUCCACUGAGCCAUCUUCAUUAUCAUCUGCUACCAUUUCUCUUCCUCUUCCUCCACCAUCAUCAUCAUUAUUAUUAAUGCCUGUGAUUGAAGAAAACUCACAAGAAAAUAGUAGAAUGUGAUUCGAUAUGGAAAGAAUGAAUAUCAUAGCAACAAA